AGCUCGGCGCCUGCGCACUGCGCUGCUGCGGGGACCUGCGGAAUAAUGAGCCGCUGCCUCGGCCUGGGGGGAGCCGGAGGAGGAAGACAUGCUGCCAAAUAGUGAUCUCCAGCUGCUGGUGUUCUCCUAGGGGGGCUGGUUGCGGAGUGUGAGGGGAGGGAGGGGGGGGGGGCGGCUGGCAGAGUCCCAGGGUGCGAUCCCCACCCACCUCACCUGCUUGGGAUAAGGUUUCUGGGGCUGCCUGCCAGGCCUCGGAGCAGGGCUUCCUCCGGAGGUAGAGUCACUCGUGGGGCCAGGAGUUGUGAUUCUGGAGCAUCCUUGUGACAUAAUUGGAAGGAAGGCUUUUCUGGCUGUCAGGGGUGAAGAUCAGCUCUGAAUUUCUUCUGCUGAGUUGUGAGCUUCCUUUCAGUCUCCAAGCUGGCGAUGUCAAGGGUGCCGAGUCCUCCUCCUCCGGCAGAGAUGUCGAGUGGGCCUGUAGCAGAGAGCUGGUGCUACACUCAGAUCAAAGUGGUGAAGUUUUCCUACAUGUGGACCAUAAACAACUUCAGCUUCUGCCGAGAGGAAAUGGGGGAGGUCAUCAAAAGCUCAACCUUUUCAUCUGGAGCCAAUGAUAAACUCAAAUGGUGUUUGCGCGUCAACCCCAAGGGCUUGGAUGAAGAGAGCAAAGAUUAUCUCUCCCUCUACCUGUUGCUGGUCAGCUGCCCCAAAAGUGAAGUCCGAGCAAAGUUCAAGUUCUCCAUCCUGAAUGCUAAAGGAGAAGAAACAAAAGCAAUGGAGAGCCAGCGAGCCUAUCGAUUCGUCCAGGGCAAGGACUGGGGAUUCAAAAAGUUCAUUAGGAGAGAUUUCCUCUUGGAUGAGGCCAAUGGACUCCUCCCAGACGACAAACUCACUCUCUUCUGUGAGGUGAGUGUGGUGCAGGACUCUGUCAAUAUCUCUGGCCAGAACACCAUGAACAUGGUGAAGGUCCCGGAGUGCCGCUUGGCAGAUGAGCUGGGAGGACUCUGGGAGAACUCGCGCUUCACGGACUGCUGUCUGUGCGUUGCAGGCCAGGAGUUCAAGGCUCACAAAGCCAUCCUAGCAGCGCGUUCCCCGGUUUUCAGCGCCAUGUUUGAGCAUGAGAUGGAAGAGAGCAAGAAGAAUCGGGUUGAGAUCAAUGAUGUGGAGCCUGAAGUGUUUAAGGAAAUGAUGUGCUUUAUUUACACUGGGAAGGCACCAAAUCUUGACAAAAUGGCUGAUGACUUGCUGGCAGCUGCUGACAAGUACGCCCUGGAGCGCCUCAAGGUGAUGUGUGAGGAUGCCCUGUGCAGCAACCUGUCCGUGGAGAAUGCAGCAGAGAUCCUCAUCCUGGCUGACCUCCACAGUGCUGAUCAACUCAAAACUCAAGCAGUGGACUUCAUUAACUAUCAUGCUUCUGACGUGAUGGAGACCUCAGGCUGGAAGUCCAUGGUGGUGUCCCAUCCCCACUUGGUGGCCGAGGCGUACCGCUCCUUGGCCUCCGCGCAGUGUCCCUUCCUGGGCCCUCCACGGAAGCGGCUGAAGCAAUCCUAAAGGCCUUCCCCUGCCCCCUCGUGUUUUUCUGGAAGCAGCAGCACCCAACUCUGGGCUGCUGUCAAAACAACAAAAACCAAACCCACACCUUUUGACCACCAGGUAGACAGCGAAACCCGUGGAGCUUUUUAACUCUGUUGCUGGGGGGAAGAGACUGCUUCGUGCCAGCCGGACUCUGAGCCAACAGCGCCCGAGCGACUUGGG